AUGACCGUCCAGGAGCUGGGCCUUAGCAAUGGCGAGUCGGCUGAUAACGACACCGGGAAUGUGAAGACCAUCUUGGUCACUGGGGGGGCGGGCUUCAUUGGAGGGUGGUUUGUUCGGCAUCUUCUGCGGGUCUAUGGGGAGAGGUAUACGAUCCUCUGUUUUGACAUCCUCGACUACUGUGCUUCCAAACGGAAUAUCCAGCCCGUGGAACAUCUGCCGAAUUUUCACUUCAUCGAAGGAGACCUGUGCAACCCUCUCAGUGUCACGAGCAUCUUUGAGCAGUUUAGGGUCGAUGCCGUUGUCCACUUUGCGGCCAACUCCCAUGUGGACCAUUCUUUUGUUGACCCUAUCCCUUUCACGCAGAAUAACGUCACCGGGACGCAUAUUCUUCUAGAGGCUGCCCGGAAGGCCCGGACGGUCCGCCGAUUUAUCCAUGUCUCGACCGACGAGGUAUACGGGGAGAAUGAACCGGGGCAGAACUAUGCUUUCACGGAAGAUGACCGGCUGAACCCGACAAAUCCGUACUCGGCCAGCAAAGCCGCCGGGGAGAUGAUUGUGAACGCCUAUCUGCAUUCCUUUCAUAUGCCCAUCAUAAUCACGCGCUGCAAUAACGUGUUUGGUCCCUACCAAUAUCCCGAAAGUAAGAUCCAAGCGUCUCCGAUGACCGGGCGGUCUAUGUCUAACGUAUGCGCAGAACUGAUUCCUAAGCUCGCUAUGCAAAUGCUUCAUUCCAAGCGCAUGACAGUCCAUGGCGACGGAAAGGCAAUGCGCGGAUUUGUCUUUGCCAGUGAUGUCAUGAAUGCGUUUGAUAUCAUCUUCCACCGUGGGGUCGUAUCCGAGACCUACAAUAUCUCCUCGCGGGAGCAAAUCCAGGUGCGGGAUGUCGCAGAAAAGAUCCUACAGUGGUUCCAUCCCGGUUGCAGCGAGCGCGAACAAUAUCUGGAAAUGGUCCAAGACAGACCGUUCAACGAUCGGAUGUACUGGACCGACGAUUCCAAGCUCCGACUGCUGGGGUGGACAGAACAAGUCUCCUUUGACGAUGCGCUCGCCAUCACGCUAGAAUGGUACCGCAGCUAUGGGGAUACGUUUUGGCCCAAGGCAGAGCCAGCUUGCGAGAUGAACGGUGGCAAUAUUGCCCAUGUGGAACUGACGAACGGGCGUUGA